AUGAAUGCCCUAGAACCAACGCCUCUCGGAGUCUCUCUAGGAUUAGCCAGAAUGGAGUGGGUCGGCGGAUCAGCCGCUAAUACUAACUUCGUUUACAGAUUUGGCAGCUCUGCUGGUGCUGGAGUUGAUACCUCGUCGUUGAUACCGGUCAGCAUCUUCACUGGCCACUCUGACUUUGGUGGUCGCGCCAGGUGGGCUGCUACUUUCGGCGGUUACCCCAAUGCCGAUGGCAACGGACAUGGAACUCAUGUAUCUGGGACCGCCGCUGGUUCGAGGCGGGGUGUAGCGAAGUCGGCCAAUUUGAUCGCCGUCAAAAUGCUCAGUGACCAAGGAUCAGGUUCCGUCUCUGACAUCGUUUCUGGCCUUAACUUUGUUUCUACCUCCGCACGCUCCUCUGGUAGGCCCACCAUCGCUACAAUGAGCUUGGGCGGCUCUGCGUCAACUGCCUUAGAAAAUGCUGUUUCCUCGCCCGUACAGCUUGUCAGCCAAGGUAUCCAUGUCAAGGUUGCAGCUGGAAACGACAAUGCGAAUGCUGACAAUACCAGCCCAGCUCGUGUCGGAGUGGCCAACACCAUUGGCGCUUCUACCAUUAAUGACACUCGAGCUUCUUUCUCAAACUUCGGUUCAGUUGUCGACAUCUUUGCUCCAGGACAAUUACAAGCUCCUGGAUUGGCAGCUACCAAUAGGAUCUCUGGUACUUCAAUGGUUAAAUGUCGCCUGCUUGAAGAAGUGUCGCGUUUCUGGCCUCACCAGGCUACUUCCCACGUUGCAGGCCUUAUUGCGUAUCUCAUCACUCGCGGUGGAAAUGCCUCUCCCGCUGUGACCACGUCGCGCCUGAAGGGUAUAGGUAUCAACAGUGCGCUCUCUAGCAUUCCCUCUGGCACAGUCAAUCUCCCUGCCCGCAAUGAUGUUUAG